AUGCAUCCAGAUACUAAAACCUCCAAUAUCAUCAAGAAGAGAAAAGAAUAUUUCGAUUCACCCGAAAUACUGCAACAAAAGACGAAAAAACUGAUCGAGUUGAUUCGUAAAGCAAAGUUUGUCGUAGUGUUUAUUGGUGUUGAUAGUUUUGCGAGUAAUCAGGAAGGUAAUUCGAUCGCGAAGUCACCACAGUCUACAAAAGGCCAGAAAGUACUCAUUAAACUACUCGAACUUGGUUGCAUAAAUUAUAUAAUAUCACAGACUACAGAUGGGAUGCUCGUCAGAUAUGGCGUUCCAUUGACGGCCAUUGGUGAAUUGAAUGGGAAUAUUAAUAUUGAAAAAUGUCCAGAGUGUAAAAGAUCAUAUUGGAGAAAGUUUAGUGUUUUGGAAGCGAAUGGCAGUGGGGGCGAAGGUUUUCGUACCUGUAGUAAUAAUAAUCGUCAGACUUGUCGCCGAUGUAAUAAUUGUGGAUACUUUUUGCAUAACACAAUCAUUUAUCCUAAUGAAAGCAUACCGAAAGAAUGUAUCCAGAAAGUAGCAAUUCACGUGCAUCAAUGUGAUCUCUUAAUAACUCUUGGCACUUUAUCCGCAAUCAACCCCAUAAAAGACCUUCUUCCACAACCUUCUACAUCAACCGAAAAACUCUUAACAAUAACAGUCAAUACACAAAAAACACCACAGGACACUAAUCCCGCCACUCUACGCAUUUUCAGCCGACCAGACGAUAUUCUAUCUUUGAUCUCCAAAUGCUUCAACAUUUCCGAUCUUGAUAAAAUCAAAGAUCUCGCCGACGACGAUGGCUCUUCUCUCGAAAUGAUCAUUUUGCCGAAUCCAAGUCCACAAAAGUUGGACGUAAUUAAGGAAACUAGAAUGGAAUUACGUAAAUGGUCGGUUGAGAAGUUGGAAGAGGCGUUGAGGGAGCGUGGUAUUGUUUUGCAGACUACUGUUGAGAAAAAUGACCAUUUUGAACAAGACAAAUAUUCACUUUAUGAAUGUGCACUAGUAAAUCGUACAUGGAAUUCCGCCGUAAUCCCUAUAUUAUGGCGUAAUCCUUUCGGUUUAGCCAAAGUAGAAAAUAUUGAGAGUGCAACUAUUACUGAUAAUCCCUUGGGCUUAAUGACAGAUGACACUAAUAAUGAUAAUAAUAACAACAGUGGUAUUUUCGAAACAUCACUCGAAGAUCUUGAAGACCUUCGAAGACGUUUUGACGGUGACAAUUUCAUGUCGGACGACGACGAAGAUGAUCUUUGGGUGUCUGAAACAUUUGUUUAUCAGAGCAAUGAACAAAUCAAAAGAGAAAUCAUUCGUACUUAUCUGAAUUGCUGCAACGAUUUUGAAUGGGAAAUUAUUCGGGAUGGUGGAAUUGAUAUGCCAAGAUCAUUAAUCAAAUCCACCUAUAAUUACAUCGAAUUCCUACAAGUGGUCAAUGAUGUUGACGUAAUGGAGGCUGCAAGAGCGUGGGUGAAUGGACCAGGGAAUAAUUUUCCAUCAUCAGCGCCUCAACUAGUCACCAAAACUCUCUUGACAAAAUUUGCACAAUCCGCCAAAAAACUCAAAUGGGUUUCGAUUCGUCUGAGCGCACCAUGGGAUUCAUCUUCAAUAUUGAUUAGUUUUUUUCGCAGGCAUCAAUUUCGUAUAGUCACAUUAGCAAUCUAUCUUGGCGAUGUUGAAUCCGAGGAUAACGAAAGAGUGAAAUUCUGUUUAAAGCAAGUGGCCACGUUAAUUGAAGUGCAAGAUAAUCUUGAACGUUUUGUCAUUGAGGGAGUCAAACACGGUCUAUCACCCAUAAUUGAUGCACUUCGGAAAAGACGUGGUGGUUCUUCUUCUCAUCUAAAGGAAGUUUUGUUUAAUCAGUGCAAAUUCAACAGGAAUGUAUGUCAAGGGAUCAGGAAUUGGCAUUUUUUGGAGGAUUUAUGCUCGUUGAGGUUCAUUAACUGUUCGAAUUUUUUACCGCUUGAUAUGAUUGAUUCACUGAAGGAUAGUAUGGUUUCGGUUCGUACGGGCGAUGAUAAUUAUUUGGAGUUAAUUGGCUUGAAUGAGUAUACUGUUAUUGAAUCGUCCGAAUAA